ACUUAUCUCGUACCAUAACAGUAUGUCGCUGUAGACAAUCCUAACAACAGAUCGUCUUUGGGUCUUUCGCAUAUGAUUUUACAGGAGAAUUGGGGAAAAGAAUUGGCAUGGAUAAAUGUGGCGCAUUUGAGGCCAUGUGUGAGAUAUUGACGUACGGGACUUUCACGUGUCAACACCCCGGAGUGUCGGUCUACAAAGUUCACCAUAUACCUACUCGGGGCAUCUUAUGGAAGCGAAAAGUCCCUCUAGCUGUGGGAUGCGGACAUCAUUGUGGACGAAGAUGGUGGGGUGGGGUCGGAGCGGUGCCCUGCUGCUGUCCAAGGAUGCCGAGAGCCGCAAUGAGGAUCCCGUGGGACAUCUAUCUGAGCAGCCGUAUAACGAGGCCGUGUAGAACAGAGGUGUGGUGUCCCUUGUCACGCGUACAUCCGGGACAUGGAGAGUUGUUUUACAAGGGUCCGACGACCACGUGCACGGUGAAGAGUGUUCCCAGAAUGUCCAGCCUCCAUCCUGCCGUCAUCUCCAUACACCUGGACCUCCCUGAUGAAGAGCCUUUCGUUCAUGUGAAUCCUAUACAAAUUUAUUCCUCUAUGUUUAAGGAACUAUCCAAUCACCUAGCUCGCGUAGAGGGGGAACCAAAAAGUAGAGGGCUCUACUUUCACUUCGUCCGAUGCUUGGCGGGACGACAGUAUGUACGGGUCAAGGACACGUGUCUCUACUACAUCAGUCUGCAAGGAGCACACAAAAAGCAUAAAGUCCGCAGAAAAGAUUUCAUCAAAAUCGUCGUUAACCUGGUGAGCCACGCAGCUGACAAUAACCAUGACGACGAUAACAACGAGUUUCAAUCACCAAACAAUGAAGUGGUGAGCGGCAUGGAGGUUCUAGCUCGUUGUGAGGAAGAUGGAUGGUACUACAGAGGAAGGAUACAACAUAAAGAAGGAAGGAAAAUCUAUAGCGUCAUUCAGGAUUUCCCUGGACGAAUAGAGGUUGUCACUGAUGAGGACAUUCACCCUGUGAGAGGAUACCUUGGCGAUCCUUCGACUACAACCACGAAAGAGUAUGGGCGAUACGUUUUGGCUCGACAUCCCAUAUAUCACUGGCUCUACGCACCAGGGCUGGUGAUUGGCGUUCAGAGACAUUACGUGAAUGUGAGGUUCUAUGACGACCAGGAGUCAGACGUUCCCAGACACAACGUGUAUCCUGCAAGGAACCGGGUGAAACAUCUCAAGGACGUGGAGGACAUUCAACAGCGAGAGAAAGACUGGGAGGGGAUGGAGGCCGUCAUCAGAGACGAGUCAGGGGUGUACAGACUGGGUAGAGUAAACAAACAGAUAGGACGUCAGCAGAGGUACACCGUGACAUGGGAGGAUGGUCAGUGCGGGGAACAGAUGUCCAUCCACAUCUAUGGAACCUUCUCCAAGAUGAUCAAGUUCAAGGUCGACAGCUACAUCCUGGCACUCGUUGACAGCGACAGCGCGCAUUUCCUUCCGGGUCAGGUUAGGAAGGUCACAACCUUAGGAGAUGCAGACGUACUCGAUGUCGUCUUUAUCGAUGGCCGAAGAUCCAAUACCAUCUCCACGGACAGCUACUUGAUGAGCGAAAUGCUCUACGAGGAGGCGGUGGCGUUCUAUCGAGAGCAUCACUCCGACAUGUGAGGGGGAUUCUGUGUUAAGACUGAAGAGUAACUAGUAUACCUUGACCAUGCGUCCUAACUCACCUUUUUCUUAAAUGCAGGGUUCCAGUAUAUACUGAAAAAAGAUCCUUUGGUUCUAGCAGAACAAAUAUUGCUUAUUACACAUACUAGAUGUCCUGAGAAAAAUUGUUGUGGUCUCCUGAAGAUGCGUGGCUCUGCCUCAAAGAGAAAGAAAUAUUUCUUGAAGUUCUCAAACAAUAAUACAAUGGGCCUAAACACUCGGAUCUGACGGAAUACACAAUACAGAUUCAAACUCUCUAGAUAACUGUGAUGUUAAUUUAAGAUAUUCGUCAGCUAUGAAUGCAUUGCUGUGUGGUGUGUUUUGUUAUUAUCAGAGCCUUCAAGUUAGGGGUUUCAACUCAUCCUUGUGGAAUAAAGUAGAUUGACACAGGUAA